GAAACUUCGUUCCGUUUUCCGACACCAUCUUCUCUCCCAUCUUUUCCAGGAAAAAGCUCUGGCCUUCAGGGUUCGCGGGAUUCAGGUUUGUUUCAGCCUUCAAUUUUGUUUCGCUGGGUUUCUGCUCAAGCUUCUCUUCCUACACGUUUGGCUGGAUCUCGAAUUUGACUUGGGAGUUUCCGAGCUGGGGACAACAUCCGAUUUAGGGUUUCUGAAAUAUUUUCAGCUUCGGCUUCGCCUUCCCGUUUGGGGUUGUUUUCCUCGAGAGUUCUCAUCCAAGUUGGAUACUCCAAUUUGUUGUCGUGUCUGAUUUGAGUUUUGCUUCUGCGGAAGAAGAGGUUGGAAUUUCGGUGUGGUAAGAGGUCUCUUCGACUUCGCCAAUCGACUAUAGGAGAUGCAAAAGAUACAUCUGACGCAGGUCUGCCGUCUGCCGGAAAUAGUGCAUAGUAGAACCCGGUGAAGGUUAUCUCAGUGGGAAUUGUUGCCAAGAAAAUGGUGGAAAAUGUUGUGCUUCCCAGAGGGUACUACCAGAAUACGGUUGAAGCAACUGGUGAAUCAGAGGGAUCUGGAAGCUCUGGGCAGAUCGAUACUGAGGUCACUGCUUCUGAGAAUUCAAGUGCGCCUACAAGGAAAUGUAUUAGGUUGAAUUCUACUAAUGAAGAUCCUUACGGUGUCCCAAGGCAAGUUAUUUCCUUGUGUAACAUGCCACAGUCUGAGCGAAAAGAUUUGAUUCGUCGGCUAAAACUUGAGCUGGAGCAGACGAAGAUUGUUCUUAGGAAAGCUGAGUUGCAGCGGCUGAAUACGACCGCUGUCUCAUCUAGCAAUGAUAGGGUUGGCUCUAGCACACUGCAAAAUUCAUCUCGUGUCAGUAGUUUUAAGAAGUCUUCAGAUUACGUGAAGGGUCCAGGAAAGAAAGUACAGCCUCAGGCCAGCAAUUUGCGUGGAUGGAACCGCGGUUCCUCAGGCAAGUUUGAGUCUGCUAAUCAGUCUCUAACCAGCACUGCUACUGAAGCUUUGAUGAAGCAAUGUGACGCUUUGCUGAAAAAAUUGUUGUCUCAUCCGCAUGCUUGGGUUUUUAAGGCACCUGUUGACGUAGUGGCAUUGAAAAUACCGGACUAUUUCACUAUUAUCAAACAUCCGAUGGAUUUAGGGACAGUGAGGACGAACUUAACUUCUGGUGUAUACUCAAGCCCGCUUGAGUUUGCUGCUGAUGUGAGGCUUACAUUUACCAAUGCAAUGACAUAUAAUCCGCCAGGGCAUGAUGUUCACAUCAUGGCUGAUAUCCUUAGCAAGUUGUUUGAAUCUCGGUGGAAAACUAUCGAAAAGAAGCUACCGACAGUUGAGUCCCAACCUUUUUCGGAAACAAUUCCUGAACCUCGCAAGGACAGGAAAGUAGCUAAGUCACUCCCUCCGGCUAAGAAGAGGAAGACAGCUUCACCUUUCAGAGAGAGUGUUGUGGAACCUGUAAAACAUGCUAUGACCGAGGAGGAGAGGCACAGCUUGGGGAGACAGCUCGAAUCCCUACUGGAUGAAAUUCCUGCACAUAUCAUCGACUUCCUUAAGAAACACAGUUCAAAUGGCACGGAAACUGGGGAAGAUGAAAUCGAGAUUGACAUUGAUGUUCUCGGUGAUGAAGUUCUGUUGACACUUCGAAAACUUCUUGAUGAGUACCUGAUAAAGAAGGAAAAUAAGCAGUCCACUGUUGAGCCCUGUGAAAUAGAGCUGCUAAAUGGGUCGGGACCUAGCAAUUCAUCAGUGCAACAAGGAAAUGAAUUGGCUGACGAGUAUGUUGGUGGGAAUGAACCUCCUGUUUCAGGCAGCUCCAGUGAUUCAGAUUCUAGUAGCUCUGAAGAUGAAUCUGAUAAUGCUAAAGCUAUGAAUGAAGAGAAUGUGGCCAAGAGGCCUGAAACUGAAAAUUCUGAAGCACAAAGAGAAGAAAAGACAGGAAUUGACGGUGCUGUUGAAAGAAGCCAAUCUCCUAGUGGGAUGGAUCAGCUAGACAGUUCUUCCCACCAAAAGCCGAGUUCUGACGAUUCGGAAUGUCACCGUGAUGGAAAUGUAUUAGAGAGGCAACUUUCUUCGGAAAAGCUAUAUAGAGCUGCCCUAUUGAAGAACCGUUUUGCGGAUAUCAUUCUAAAAGCACGCGAGAAAACGCUUCCACAGAAUGACGUUAAAGGAGAUCCGGAAAGGCUGCGGAAGGAAAGAGAAGAAUUUGAACUGCAGAAAAAGAAAGAGAAAGCUCGGCUUCAAGCUGAAGCAAAAGCUGCUGAAGACGCUCGCCGGCAAGCUGAAGCUGCAGCUACUGCUGAAGCUAAGCGGAAGAGAGAACUCGAGCGAGAAGCAGCCCGCCAAGCACUGUUAAUGAUGGAAAAGACAGUGGAGAUAAAUGAGAAUUCACGGUUUCUAGAGGACCUGGAGAUGCUGAGUUCAGGGCCGCCCGAGCAGAUACCGAGCUCGGCGGACGAGACGAGCCCAGAGAGGACACUGGAGGGACUUGGAAGUUUCAAGCUGAGUGGGAGUAACCCUCUGGAGCAGCUCGGUCUGUACAUGAAACAGGACGACGAGGAAGAUGAACCCGACCCUCCUCCUCCUGCUCCUCUUCCGAGCCUGGCCAAGGACGUGGAAGAAGGUGAAAUCGAUUGAGAAUAUAUAUAUAAAUGUAGAUAUAUAUCAUAAAUCCAAAUAUACAGUACGAACAAUAACAUAUAUACUAAGCCAAAAUGGGACGAGUCAAGAUCUCAUUGUAUGAAUUUUGGAACGGAUGUCUCUAAUCACACACUACGAUAGUCCAGUGGUUCUGUUACACUACAUUUAUUUGUAGCCAAAUGGACACAAGCUGUGAAGAACAGAACAAACAGAUGCUCACGUGUCUUUUGUUGUGUUAAUGUUCUGUGUUUGACGUUGUGUUUCCUUACUUUCAUAAGCUCAA